AUGAUAAGGAAUCAGAUCCAACGCCUCAAGGCAUUGAUGUCUUCAGAAGAUGAGAACAAAUCAGAUAGUGUUGUUCCAAAAGCUGAAGAGAGUAACAAGAAAAAAGAAACCUAUUUUACGCAAUCAGAAGCCAAAUCAGACGCAGUUCCGCCUCCUCCGGUUGUAUCUAGUGAAAAAGAAGCUCCAUCCCAGAAUUCGAGCGUACUCAUGGUACCAGAAGACGGAGAUCCUCCUGGAAAUGCUAACCUUUACAGUUUUCCGACGUAUGGAGAAUCCAAGUCUUCGAGUGCGUUGGAAUUGAAAACAAGCAGAAACGACGUUGCCAAUGGACACACAGUGAAUGAUGACAAGGCAGAAGGAAAAAUUGUUGCACGGCCAUCUACGGAUGAUGACUACGUGGCUGCGAUACCAUCUACGCACCACAGGAGAUGUGUUAGUGUUGAUAUCAUCGCCAAAAUUCCUGCUAAUUAUAGUAGCAGUACUCCAAGUCCAAAAACCGUUUUGGGUAGAGGGACUAACGGCUUAACCCGAACACAGAUUGACACAGCACCACCUUUCGAAUCUGUGAAGGCAGCCGUCUCAAAGUUUGGGGGAAUCGUCGACUGGAAGGCCCAUCGUGUGCAUACCGUGGAGGUAUAA